AUGGAUAAGAAAAAUUUCACCCAAGUGAAGGAGUUCAUCCUUUUGGGAUUCACAGCAGAUGUGGGGUUACAGAGGGUGCUGUUUUGCAUCUUUCUCAUCAUUUAUGUCACCAGUCUUUUAGGAAAUAUCACCCUGAUUUCUCUGAUCUGUUCUGAUUCUUGUCUCCACACACCCAUGUAUUUCUUCAUUGGAAACCUGUCCUUCCUAGAUCUCUGGUAUUCUUCUGUGUAUGCUCCCAAAAUAUUGAUGACUUGCCUCUCUGAAGACAAGAGCAUCUCCUUUGCUGGCUGCCUGGCUCAGUUCUUUUUCUCCGCUGGUCUAGCAUACAGUGAGUGUUACCUGUUGGCUGCCAUGGCUUAUGACCGUUAUGAGGCCAUUUCCAACCCCUUACUUUAUUCCCAGGCUAUGUCUUCAAGGUUAUGUGUGAGUCUUGUUGCAGCUUCAUACCUUGGCGGUUUUGCAAACUCAACUAUCAUCACCAGUGAGACAUUUACUCUGAGCUUCUGUGAUAACAAUGUCAUUGAUGAUUUUUUCUGUGAUCUGCCCCCACUGGUGAAGCUGGCAUGUGAUGUGAAGGACAGCUAUCAGGCUGUGCUAUAUUUUAUACUUGCCUCCAAUGUCAUCACUCCCGCAGUACUUAUUCUUGCUUCUUACCUCUUCAUCAUUGCAGCCAUCCUCAAAAUCCGUUCCAUCCAGGGCCGCCUCAAGGCCUUCUCCACCUGUGGAUCUCACCUGACAGCAGUCACUUUGUACUAUGGUUCAAUUCUCUUCAUUUACUCCCGACCAAGCACCAGUUAUGCUCUGGAACGGGACAAAGUGGUGUCAGUGUUCUAUACUGUGGUGAUUCCAAUGUUGAACCCCUUGAUCUAUAGCUUAAGAAAUAAAGAUGUCAAGGAUGCCUUGAGGAAAAUGUUAGACAGAGCAAAACUAUCUUAA